GAAAAAUUCUACAAUCUUGGAACAAUUUCUUGCGAUUUCAUAGCAAAUUAGCAGCAUUUGCAACUAUAUUGUGGCCUUAGUAGUCGGUCCCAGGGUCUACUAGUACUAUCUACUAUCUAGUGCUACUAGUACCUCGACUAGUGCAUUCGAUCUCCCGCUGCCGUUCAGUGCAGUUCGAUCUGGGAUUCCACUCCGCUUAAAACAAGAAUCCAGCCUCGUUUCCAUCCAUAAAGUGUUGAACAAGAUGGGCAAUAAAUCGUCGCUGUUGCUACGGGAGGAGGAGAUCGCCCAGAUUCACGAGGAAACUGGAUUUACACCGAAUCAAAUCGAGCGUCUCUAUUCCCGCUUCACGUCGCUCGAUCGGAACGAUUGUGGGACGCUGUCCCGUGAGGACUUCCUGCGCAUCCCGGAGCUCGCGAUCAAUCCGCUGUGCGAGCGAAUAGUGCACUCCUUCUUUGCCGACAGCAGCGACGAUCGCGUCAACUUCCGGCAGUUCACGCGCGUCCUGGCCCACUUCCGGCCCAUCAAACCGAACAAGGAAAACAAGCUGAACAGCCGUGAGGCCAAGCUGCGAUUCGCGUUCCGCAUGUACGAUCUCGAUGACGAUGAGACGAUUUCGCGCGAGGAGCUGCUCAACAUUCUGCAGAUGAUGGUCGGUGCUAACAUAAGCCAGGACCAGCUGAACAGCAUCGCCGAGCGAACGAUCGUUGAGGCGGACACGGUUGGUGUGGGCAAGAUUUCGUUUGACGAUUUUUGCCGUGCGCUCGAGCGCACCGAGGUGGAGCAGAAGAUGUCGAUUCGUUUCCUGAAUUAAGGAUCAAGUUCUGCUUUUUUCGAGAGAAAAAUCCGGAACUGCUGCUACAUACCGAAAAUUCCGAGGGCACGCAUUUCCAGACGCCGCACAAUUAUUCCUCUUUAUCGUUAUUGGUUUCUUAAGCACUCUGGUGCCGCGGUUACGUGCGCGAACAAGUCGUUGGUGUAAAUAGGCUAGAAAAACAAAACCAAUAAACCAAAAGUUUGUGCAAAACCGUUGUA